AUGAUAUCUGGCAACAACAGGAGUUAUAAAACGGUCCUAUUGGGUGAGGCAUCUGUUGGGAAGAGUAGUCUGGCUUUGCGAUUGACUAGGGAUGAAUUUUUGGACAACACGAAUGCCACUAUUGGGGCGGCGUUUUUUACCUAUAAAGCAUCACCUCUACAACCUAAUUCAUCUGUGGGUGAUGAAAUAACACCUACGAAAUUUCAUUUGGGGAUAAAUACCGGAAGUUUUGUAAAAUUUGACAUUUGGGACACUGCAGGUCAGGAGAGAUUUGCUAGCAUCGCACCGAUGUACUACCGCGGCGCCGUAUGCGCUAUCGUCGUCAUGGAUUGUACCUGCCAAAAGAGUUUCGAAAGGGCCAAGAAUUGGGUCAAACAGCUUAAGCAAUGCCCACACUCCAACCCAAUCGUGGUCCUUGUGGCCAAUAAGGUAGAUCUAAUAUAUGGCAAAUUUAAGGGGCUACCAAUGGGCAAUAAUCAGGCAGCACAGGAAUUGCUUACGGAAGCUGCUGAAUAUGCCAACAAGGAACAAAUAUUAUUCGUGGAAACUAGCGCCAAAACUGGACAUAAUGUGGAAAAGCUUUUUCAAUUACUGGCUCAACACGUGUUGGCAGAUUUGAAACGAUGGGAUACCACUAAAGAAGUUGUAAAUUUACAAGUUCCCACUAGUCGCUUCUCCCUUUCAAACUGUUGCCGGCAAUCGCCCUUCUAA